UUUUUUUUCGCUCUUUUGUUGGAGGGAGAAUUUUGAACUACAUAUAGAGCCAUAAAUGUGGUUGUCGGCACGGAGGUGGAGAUUUUCUUUUGAAGGCGUUUCUUUAUUUGGAAUGUUUUACCACUCUUAGUUAUCGCAAUGCCAUCUGAAAUAAUGGACCUACCUGACUUUUCAUCAUCAUCCUCGUACUUCUCAGAUGAUUUAUGUUUUCCCAACGAGAGAAAGUUUGGUUUAUGGAAGUCAGAUAACAUGCGUGGUGGCUUUGCCGUGGGAGCAGGGAGAGCAUCCAGUCAUUCAGCGAGUUUGAAUGUACAGCCGGCGUCUUAUGCUAUAGAAAGCAACAGGGGUAGUAUGGUGGGUACUCAGUAUGAGAGCAGUCUCUUCUCAAGUUCGUUGUCGGAGUUAUUCAAUGGGAAGUUAAGAUUAUCAUCAAACCAUGCUCUAUAUGGCCAUUCUGUUGAUACUGUUGCCUCCCAUUAUGAGGAAGAGGAACCUUUUGAAUCCCUUGAAGAAAUUGAGGCCCAAACCAUUGGAAACCUCUUGCCUGAUUAUGAUGACUUUCUUUCUGGAGUGACUGAUGGGCUUGACUGUAUUGUCCAGCCCAGUGGUGGGGAUGAUGUGGAGGAGUUAGAUCUUUUUAGCAGUGUCGGAGGAAUGGAUUUGGGAGAUGAUUGUUCAUCUGAUGGACAAAAUAAUUCUGACUUCCCUGGGGGAGUUUCUAAUGGUCAGCCAGGGGAAUCAAAUGGUUCAGUAGCUUCUGAACACCCUUCCAGGACGUUGUUUGUUAGAAAUAUAAAUGGCAAUUUUGAAGACUCCGAAUUGAAGACCCUUUUCGAGCAAUAUGGAGAUAUUCGCACUCUUUAUACAGCUUGCAAGCAUCGUGGUUUUGUUAUGAUCUCCUAUUAUGACAUUAGAGCAGCCCGAAAUGCAAUGAAAGCACUCCAUAACAGACCAGUGAGGCGUAGGAAGCUUGACAUCCAUUACUUGCUUCCAAAGGAUAACCCUUCUGAAAAAGAUAUCGAUAAGGGCACUCUUGUGGUAUUUAACCUUGAUUCCUCUGUUUCGAAUGAUGAACUUCAUCAGAUUUUUGCUACCUAUGGAGAAAUCAAGGAGAUUCGGGAAACCCCACAAAGAAGUCUCCACAAGUUUAUUGAAUUUUAUGAUGUAAGAGCUGCGGAGGCUGCUCUUCAUGCAUUAAACAAGAGUGAUAUUGCAGGGAGACGGAUUAAGCUUGAACCAUGCCAUACAGGGGGAUCAAGACGUCUGAUGCAACAGUUCUCUUCAGAGUUGAAACAUGAUGAUCGUGGUCUUUAUCUGCAACACAAUGGCCCUGCUAUUGACUCAAACACCAGCUUCCCUGCUCCGCAUGGUGAAAUUGCUUCUAGUCGCAUGGAUCGUGGAACUAUUUUGGGGGUGCACCCUACAAUACAAGCUCCAUCCAUUGAAUCUGUGUUUCAUCAUGGUAUCUCUUCAAGUGUGCCGAACAGCUUACCCUCUCUGGUGAGAGUUGAAUCAGUUGGCAAUCAGCCUGGCCUUGCUGAGUCUGGACGAUCACCAGGACAACUGAAAUUUGAUAUUCAAGGCACUACAACUUUCCAUCCUCAUUCACUUCCAGAGUAUCAUAAUGGCUUAACAAAUGGUGUUCAUGUGAAUUCUCCGGGCAUCAUCACUGCAAAUAUCAGUCCCAGUCAACAAGAAAGAUUCGAUAACUGGCAGUUCCACAGAGUAAGCUCAAAUGGGCACCCAAUUGACCUCAAAGAAGCUGGUGUUUUUCGAUCUACUGGUAAUGGGAGCUGUUCUCUUCCUGGACAUCUUUAUUCAUGGAACAGCUCCUAUCACUCUCAGCCUCCAGGCAUGAUGUGGCCAAACUCACCAUCGCUUAUCAAUGGCAUUUGUGGAGUACAUCCUGCACCAAGAUUGCAUGGAUUCCAAAGAGCACCAUCUAAUAUGCCGAACUCAGGUUUACCUACAAAUAACCACCAUGUGGGAUCAGCACCGUUAGGUAAUCCUUCACUCUGGGAUAGACAACAUGCCUAUGCUGGGGAAUCCCCUGAGGCUUCUGGAUUUCAUCCUGGUUCUCUUGGGAACGUGAGAAUUUCUAAUAAUUCACUGCAUGCAAUGGAAUGUGUUUCUCAUAGCAUCUUGCCUCAUGUUGUUGGAAACGUUAUGGAACUGUCUAUUCCCCAAAAAAAUGUUGGACUCCAAUCCCAACAUCAGAGAUGCAUGGCAUUUUCUGGCAGAGGCCCUAUGAUCCCCAUGAUGAAUUCAUUUGAUCCUUCGAAUGAACGGGCUAGAAGCCGUAGGAAUGAAGAUGGCUCUAGUAAGUUUGACAACAAAAAACAGUUUGAACUUGAUAUUGACCGGAUAAUGCGAGGAGAAGACAACCGAACAACACUUAUGAUAAAGAACAUUCCUAACAAGUAUACAUCAAAGAUGCUUAUGGCUGCAAUAGAUGAACGCCAUCCAGGGAGCUAUGAUUUCAUUUAUCUACCAAUUGAUUUUAAGAACAAAUGUAACGUGGGCUAUGCAUUCAUCAACAUGAAAGAUCCUAACUUGAUCAUUCCAUUCUAUCAGGCAUUCGAUGGAAAGAAAUGGGAAAAGUUUAAUAGUGAAAAGGUGGCAUCACUUGCAUAUGCUCGUAUACAAGGUAUAGCUGCUCUCAUUGCACAUUUCCAGAACUCAAGCUUGAUGAAUGAGGACAAGCGGUGCCGACCAAUUCUCUUCAAUACCGAUGGCGCCAAUGCUGGUGAUCAGGUGCCCUUCCCAAUGGGUGUUAAUGUUCGUACUAGACCUGGAAAAACUCGGACCAACACCCAUGAGGACAUUGAGGAGAACCAACAAGGAAGCCUACCAAAAAUUGGAAAUGGGGAGGAUCCUGCUGGAGAUCCAUGUUCUAGGAAGGAGUAAGACUAAGGCAAGCAUGUAUUUUUGGCGGCCUAACUAACAUCACCUGGUAAACCAAAUCCUACCUAAAUCCCAUUAACUUUUGCUGGAUUGCUGGGGGGGUGGGUGGGAUAAUGUGGUGUUUUUUAAUAAGCCGUUAAAAAUAUUCAAAGGAAUGCCUUACCAAGGCCAAGUACAUUUUUAGUUUUCUUAUCAAUUUUUUAGACUGACAAGGGGGAAAAAAAAAAAAACAUCAGGAGGGGCUUCGAAAUUUUGGAUGGACUCGAGGAUUAUUUAAAUGGCGUACAUAUGUAAAGGAGUUUCUUCCAGAGAUCUUUCAUUGCGUUUUGUGGCAGGCAUCUCUGCUAUACCUUUUAUUAUUAUCAUUAAUAUUUGCUCUUUUUUUUUUUCCCUCUCCUGGUUUUGUUGUUUCUUGAUUGCGGGCUUGGAGCCUAGCUGUAACUGUUGAGAUCUCCAUUGGAGUCAGGAUUUUUGCUGAACUAACUAUAUAUGUAUUAAUUUUGCAUUUGAGAGAU